AUGUUGGCGAGUUUCUCAGAACCUUACACAACCAAAGAUGGGGAAUUAAAUCCUAAUAAUCCGAUCUACAUAUUUCCUGAUCUUCUAGAAGGAAUUUUCCUUGGACUGCCCUUGAAAUCAAUCCUCACAUUCAAAACCGUCUCAAAGCAAUGGAGAUGGAUUCUGGAAUCGGACAAGUUCGUGGUAAGGCGUAUGAGUGUUCAAAAGAGCCGGAAAAUCCUCCUGGCUGCUAACAACUGCAAAUGCGGCGACAGGCCGAGCCUUUUCCCCGAGUCGCGGUUCGAAGGGGACCAAGAGAUCGCCUUUCUGCACUGCGAUGCAGAACGACCCUCGAUGGCUUACAACGGUUUGGUCUGUUUGCCCGAACCAGAUUGGAUCAUCGUUUUGAACCCAUCGACCGGACAAAUCCUCCGAUUCCCUUCCGGCAUAGAUACAGAGUCUUCCCUGUUCAAAAGCAUGUCGGAUGAAGAUUUUCUGGGAAAUUGCAUCAUGGGAUUCGGUAGAGACGCAGUUAGGGGGAGCUAUAAAGUAGUGAAUAUAUGCGUUGGAUCUAGGAUUGAAGAAUGCGAUGUUCUUGAUGUUGAAACCGGUGAAUGGAAGAAAGUGAGGGUGCCUCGUUAUGUUUUGAGUGUGGGAAGAAGACCGGCGUGUGUGAAUGGAUCAAUGUAUUGGUUAUUCUUGAGGGAGAGAAGCAUUAGGCCGUUGGAUUACAGAAUACUAGCCUUGGAUCUUCACAAGCAAGAGUUCCAUAUCGUCUCAGUUCCGGAUACGCUGGUCACGCGGGUGACUCAAGUUGUGAACCUUGACGACCGUCUAGUGGCAGCCAGAGCAGCGAGAGUAGGGCCUGAAUGUAUGCUAGAGAUAUGUAGGAUGAAUGCAGAGGAGGAAACAUGGACCAAGAUUUACUCCAUAAGUUUAGCAUCUCUACCGGAGUCAACGAGGUUCAUUUUGUAUUACUGGCCGGUGUCGGUUUCUAAGCAAGGGGAUCUUGUCUUCUAUACCGAGCUCGACAGGAAGUUGCUCAAAUAUUAUUCAAAGACGGGUGAGGUUCGCUGUCUGUCCAUGGAUAUGCCUGUUAUAUCUCCUUACCUCGAGAAUUUGGCUCCACUUCGGUCACAAUCAGGACACCAUCAUCAUCAUCCGGGUUAUCAAACCAGGACAUCUGGUAGAUGCAGAUUGUUUCUCAAGCAUCCAGACCCAGGCCUCAGGAUCAUAACUUAUGUGAGAAGUCUAUGGAACUGA